CACACAGACACAGCUCUCAAAAUCUCAUUACCACCACCACCGCUCUCUCUCUCUCUCUCUCUCUCUCUGAGACUCUUCGAGUCUCUCACCCUUCACCCCUAAGUCCUCCCAAAACGUCACCGUUUCGCCGUUUCAGAUCCUCACAAUCCAAAUCCCCCAAACCCUAGCUUUUCACUCUCACUCUCUCUCAUUUCCGAUUGCAGAACCUCACCGGUGUUCGGAUAAGGCCGGAGCGGGGAGAAGGAAAUGGCGGGAGGCGGGAGCAGGAAGGACGAGUCGGUGGUGCUGAACAGCACGAACGUGUUUGCGGCGCUGGGGAGCUUGAAGAAGAAGAAGAAGUCCGAUAAGUCAAAGAGUGGGAAGAGCGGUCAGGCCGAGCCGGAGAAGGAGGUUUAUUGGGCCCCGGCUCCGCUCACCGUCAAGUCAUGGGCCGAUGUCGAUGACGAGGAUGAUGACGACUAUUUUGCGACUACUGCGCCGCCGGAAUUGGGCUGGGCCGGCGGUGACUCCAAGGACCACAAGGAGAGUGAGCUGGAGCCUGAGCAUGUGGAGGUCGGUGAUUUGCCUGGAUUCCAGGUAAGUGACAGUGAAGAGGAAGGUCUCGAUGAUGUUGAUGAUGAUGUGGACGAGGAUCAUGAUAACGAACUUGAAGCACCAGUUGAAACUGAGACAGGUAAGAAGCUAGCUGAAGCUUCUACAGCUCCUAAGGAUACAGAAAGGCAGCUUUCUAAGAAGGAACUGAAGAAAAAAGGACUUGAAGAACUGGAUGCAGUUCUUGCUGAGCUAGGACUUGGCAAAAAUGAGACCAGUGGCCACAUUGAAUCUGGAGAUGGCGCCCAAGAGAAGAAAUUAGAGAACCUAAAUGGUGACAUAGACAAGAAGGAAACCUCUGGGGAGAGCAAAAGUGCCAAAAAGAAGAAAAAGAAGGAUAAGUCAUCGAAGGAGUCGAGAGAAUCCCAGGACCAGCCUGAUGGCGUUGGAAAUGCAGCAGCAGAAGAAACCACUGAAACCGAGAAGGUGGAAGAUACGUCAACUGGUGAUGUUAAAGAGCGGCUAAAGAAAGUGGCAUCUAUGAAGAAGAAGAAAUCAAGCAAGGAAAUGGAUGCUGCAGCCCGAGCUGCUGCAAGUGAAGCUGCUGCCAGGAAUGCUAGGCUAGCUUCAGCAAAGAAAAAAGAGAAGAAUCACUACAAUCAGCAGCCGGUGCGAUAAGCCAGCUAUAGACUGUUAGGUUUUGUUUCCUUUUUCACCUUUUUUCCUAUAUGAACUCUGUACUCUUGUUAAUUUGUUGCAAAAAUAAAUAUUGGGAACGGAACUGGUUUUGCAAACUUCACCGUCAACAAGAUACUAGUUUUACUUAAAAGAAAAAGGAAAUAUAUUGUUUUA